CCUUCCUCUCCUCUUUCCGCCCGCAGGUUCAUUCUCUUCUGUUGUGGGUAAAUGCAAAAAUUUCCUCUCAUUCGAUCUCUCACUGUCAAUCCUCGAUCGUCACUGGUAGCCCGGAUCCUUGUGUCGUACGCUCGGAUCACAUCCUGUCGUUCGAUGGCAAGUAUAACCUCCUUCGGUACGGCGGCGCACGGAGUGGGCACACACAUCCACCUGGACCGGUCCAGGUGGAGGAUUGUGUCCAACGUCAACGAACACGUCUUCCCAUUUGACCGCGAGGAUGCAGAGACCUUCGACAUUCGCCCGUAUAUCUGUGCCAGGUUCCGUGUGCGGAAGGUCCAACAGGGCCCUCAAGAAGAUGCCUUUAUGCGCGUGUACAAGCAGAUCCCCAUCCUAGGAUCGGAGUUCAACACUGCGGAGGAAAUCGCCAGGCAGGCCAAGCCGCAGGUUCCCACCGAGGUGAAGGCCUUUCAGCGGUUUUCGUCCCUUCACCCAUGCCCGGAUUGCACUCCAACCCUCCUCGACAUUACUUCGUCGGUUGGCUCAACUGCCUUCCUCUGA